AGUUGCCUAUAGCAACCAAUCAGCUUCCACCUUUCAUUUUUCAGAGCUCCUUUUGAAAAUGAAAGGUGGAGUCUGAUUGGUUGUUAGGUGGAAGUAAGCCAGUUUCCCUUUGCACCACUCUUGAUAAAUCUCCCCCUGUGAAUUCGAUUCCUUUUCAUGCUUUAAUUAUUGACAUAGUGAUUACAACAGCAGGGCAGGAGGGGAAUGACUAAGCACUGGUCAUUGGAGUACGUGUUAUUCACUUCCCCAUCGUCUGGCAUUGCUGUGUGGCCUACAAAGCUCGGUAUACAGGAGCUGGGGAAGGAUUCCACUGUGUCUUCCUGGUGGCAGCUAGGUCCUAGGAGAAGUUAUGAUAAUCGUGGUGAUGGGAGUGAGCGGCUCUGGGAAAACAGCAGUAGGAUCUCAUCUGGCAGAUCAGGAUGUAAAUUCUAUGAUGCAGAUGAUUAUCAUCCCAUGGAAAAUAAAAAGAAGAUGUCUCAAGGGAUACCACUAAAUGACCAGGACAGACAUCCUUGGUUGUGCUCACUCCAUGAAUUAAUAAAGAGAGAGAAAGCCUGUGGCCAGCAUGUGGUGCUGGCAUGUUCAGCUCUGAAGAAGGCCUACAGGAAAACCCUGACAACUGGACAAGAUGCACUGAUUCCUGAGGAACAGCGUCAACACAGUGAAGAUGACAUUUCUUCGCAUACAAUCUUCAUCCAUUUGCAAGGUUCAAUGGAACUGAUCUCUGAACGGAUGCAGAAAAGAAGAGGACAUUUCAUGCCACUAACAUUAUUACAGUCCCAGUUUGACACACUGGAGCCUCCAGCAGCACCUGAGCUUUUCAUGGCUGUUAACAUUGAGAAGGAUAUCUCAGAAAUAGUAUCUGAAAUAAAGGCUGAGCUGGACUGUAAGAUACCUAGGUAGUCUUAAGACAGAAAAGUGCAUAGACUAUGACACAGCUUCUCAGUCUUUUUCUACUGGGGACUCCACAGCUAGAACGAGGAGAUACCUUGGCCUCACCAUUGGUCUUAGCUUAAAAUUGUCUUCUGAACAAAUGAUCAUUGACGGCUCUCCCCCUAUCAGUGUGUACAUGUAAAGCUGAUCGACAGCAUUCCCUGCACCAGUGUUGAUAUAGAGAAGGCUGUAAAUUAUCCUGUGGGGGCAGCCUAAUCAGCAUUGCCACCUCUCCUGUUAGGUUGUACCCGAUUUCCUCAUGAAAUCCUGCUCCAAACCAUAUAAACCUAUAUAUCACAGAGCUCAGCUUCCCUCUCUCUAUCAUAUCCAAUUUAAUUAAAUAAAAAAAUUACAUCA